AUGAAUAAACUGACUGCACCUUAUGUUCAUUUGAAUAGUCAUGACAACAUAACGGCUAUGAUUGAUUAUACAAAUUUAUAUAUUAAAAAUCUAGAUCUAGAAAUAACGAGUUAUGAUCUAUUUAAAAAGUUUAGAAUUUAUGGUAAAAUUAUAUCAGCAAGAGUAAUGAAAGAUACUGUGACAAGUAUUUCAAAGGGAUAUGGAUUUGUUAGUUUUACAACAAUGGAAGAGGCAAGUGAAGCUUUACAAUAUAUGAAUGGUGCAUUGUUAAAUACAAAGAAUAUCAUCGUUACCUAUCACACGCAUAAAAAGAAGAUAGCAAAGUUGUCUUCUUCUUCCAAUCAUCAUCUUCUUGAAAACCCUUUUUCGACUACUACUACUACUACUACUACUUCUUCUACUUCUUCUCCUCUUCCUCCAUCUUAUCAUACACCACCACCACCACCUAUACAAGCCACUAAUUCUUUAUUGGAUUCAACUUAUUGUUUAAUACCUUCUACAUCUAUUCAAAUACAAAAAUUACGUGAAGCCAUUUGUCAACAUUUAUCUAAAGAAGAACAGGAAAGAGAUUUAAAUGACCUUGUGGAUCUUAUUCAAUCUUUAAAGAAACGUGAAUUAUCACUUUGUUUAUUUAAUCCUCAUUUUUUGAAACAAAAGAUAGAAGAAGCUUAUGACGCACUCUAUUUAUUUAAAACGAAUACUAGAAAUAGAGUAGAGCAUAAUGCUGCUGUAGCUAUAUUAAAGUCAUUAGAAGGAUUAUCAUUGAAUAAACAAAAGAGAUUAUUUGGUGAUCUCUUUUUUCCAUAUGUGAGGGCUACAGGCAUUAAAUAUGCUCCAAAGGUGACAAUUCAAUUAUUAGAUACCAUUCCUUUAGAAGAAUUAGCUUUUAUUAUGUAUGAUAAACCUGAAUUAAUGAAAAAGGUUCAAUAUGCUUAUUCUCAACUUUAUAACAACAACAAUUAA